AAAGAAAAAAAAAAAAAAAAAAAAAAAAAAAAAAAAAAAAAAAAAAAAAAAAAAAGAAAAAAAGAGGAAAAAUCUCGGUCCGAUUGCUAUACAACCAUAUAUAUCGAUAUAUACAGACAGACACGGUUCUGUCAGCUCGAAAUGCCAUGCGUCGAGUCGUCGUGACAGGGUUAGGCGCAGUCACACCCUUAGGGGUCGGCAUCCGCCGGACUUGGAAACGUCUACUAGAUGGUCACUGUGGUAUCGUCAAUGUCCUUCAUCGCGAUGCCAGGUUUAAGGACGUACCAUGUCAGAUUGCUGCCAUUGUACCGCACGGGACGCAGAGUGAAGGCGGGUGGACGGCUUUGGAAUGGUUAAGUAAAGAUGAUGAGCGCAAGAUGGCUCGAUUUGCGCAGUACGCAAUGGCCGCUUCGGAAGAGGCAUUGGAAGAUGCGGGCUGGAAGCCGACCACUUUUGAGCAGAGAGAAGCAACAGGGAUAUGCCUCGGGUCGGGUAUCGGUAACUUCGAUGAGAUUUACGACACGGUUGUGACUUACGAGAAGGGUGGUUACCGCAAAGUAUCGCCCCUGUUUGUGCCCAAAUUGUUGAUCAAUCUCGGCGCCGGUCACAUCUCUAUGAGAUAUGGGCUCAUGGGACCAAACCACGCAGCAACCACAGCGUGUACCACAGGGGCACACUCCAUCGGUGAUGCAGCUCGCUUCAUCGCGUGCGGUGAUGCAGACGUAAUGCUAGCCGGCGGAGCGGAGUCUUGUAUUCAUCCUUUAGCUGUUGGUGGUUUUGCGCGGGCCCGCAGUCUGGCUACCAGCUACAAUGACAACCCGAAAAAGGCUUCAAGGCCGUUUGAUGCGGAUCGAGAGGGCUUUGUGGUAGGGGAAGGAGCUGCAAUGGUGGUCUUAGAGGAGCUCGAGCAUGCGAAAGCGCGUGGGGCUCGUAUUUAUGCAGAGUUGAAUGGCUACGGCUGUUCUGGGGACGCGCACCAUAUGACUGCACCCAAGGAGAAUGGUGAAGGCGCAUAUUUAGCCAUGAGGAAAGCGCUGAAAAACGCGGGGCUCGCGCCCUCCGCUGUCGACUACGUCAAUGCUCAUGCCACCUCGACGGUGGUCGGCGAUGCGGCGGAGAACAGCGCAAUCAAAGCUUUGCUUCUGGGUCCAGGCGGAAAGCAGAAAGCGGCCGAGGUCAACAUCAGCAGCACAAAGGGUGCUGUCGGCCACCUUCUUGGUGGUGCUGGCGCCAUUGAGGCUGCGUUUGUUGUCCUUGCAGUCAAUGAGAAUAUAAUGCCUCCGACUAUCAAUCUGGAGCGGCUAGCGGAUGGGUUCGAUUGCAAUUAUGCGCCUAGCGAGGCGCAGGAGCGCCGUAUCGACGUGGCCUUGACAAACAGUUUUGGAUUCGGAGGGACCAACAGCACUCUGUGCUUCUCGAAGCUCAAGAUCUAGGUUAUGUGUAUCAUAUUAUUGUAUUGGUGUUCCUUUUGCAUGGAUGCUGCACUGUAUCAAUAGGACGAAUGUACUUUAGCGUGGACAUAUCAUACUUAAUUAUCUGCAUAGAAACUUUUUUCAGCCAC